AUGGCUCCUAGUGUGGGCCAAAGUUGUGAGAUCACGCUCGACCGCCUCCUGGAACAUGUCCAGAACGUGAUCGCCAUUGAACGUGUCAACCCAUCCAAGAGAGGAGGUGACCUGAAACAAAAGCUUCUCAAUCGAGAAGUCUUUUGGAUUCUUAAAUUAUCAACACGAGUUCCCCUUGAGAUCAUUGAAGACCCUUGGGAUCUUGGGGACUCCCCACAACGUCAGCAUCUUGUAAACCCCCUUGAAGACUUUGUAUCCCCCAAUAAUAAAGAGGAUGAAGAGUCUGAAGAUCAAUUCUGGGAUUUAUUAGUAAAAGAAACAGCAAAGCCAAACAGAUCCACGAGCGCAAACAAAGAGCCGCUCAACAUAACCAAAUCCACAUCACAUAGAAAGAGUGGGAACCAUCAUGUGACCAAGGAAGGAGGAGGAAACACAACAUCUCUGAAGGGGAAUCGCUUUAAUGCUGAGCCCAAGUGGAGUAUGGAGGAGGAUUAUAUCCUGGUGUCGUCCCCCCAUCUUACUAGCUGCCCAAUAUCCAUAAAAAUUAAAGCCCGUAACCUACCUUGGCUGAAAGAAAGGUUUGUAGACGACAUCAUCCUGUUUCUGGACGGACGCCGUUUCAGCGAUCAGGAGUGGAAAAGACUGGGCCAUUUUAUUCCACCAUUUGGCUGGAUGGAGUUAGAGUACUCAGAGGUGCUGGAAACGGUGUCCGCACUACCUCAUGUAGCCAAUCAGCAGCUGCUCCUUGCAGAAAAGAGCGGGGAGACUCCAAAUUGUGUUACCUGUGCCGUGGUAGGAAACGGGGGGAUCCUCAACGGAUCUCGAAUGGGAAAAGAGAUCGAUUCACAUGACUAUGUUUUUCGGGUUAAUGGAGCUGUGAUACAAGGAUAUGAGGACGAUGUGGGGAAGCGGACCUCGUUCUAUGGCUUUACUGCCUUCACCAUGCUGGCCUCCCUCUACAUGCUGAACAGAAGGGGAUUCUCCACUAUUCCCCGGGAUAACGAGACAAAGUACAUCCUUUUCACUGAAGGAAAGAGAGACUACGAGUGGCUGAAAGCAUUACAGCAGAACAAAGAGCUCCACCAGGGUAUUCUGAAGCAAUACAGACUUCGUCCCCGGGAUGACUUUGGGAAGGAUUUCAACUUCACAAAGUUAUUAGUUGUUCAUCCAGAUUUUGCGCGAUACGUGAAGAACAGGUUCCUGAGAUCAGAUACACUCAACGGGAAGUACUGGAGAGAGUACAGGCCGAGCACAGGGGCCUUGGUCCUGCUUACGGCACUACAUCUGUGUGACACGGUCAGCGCCUACGGAUUCUUGACGCACGAUUACGCCAAAUACGCCAAUCACUAUUACGACAAGAAAAAGACCAAAGUUACUUUCUAUAUGAACCACGACUAUGAACUGGAGAAAAAGUUAUGGGCUCAAAUGCACGAGGAAAACGUCAUAAGACUUUACAAGGGAACAAAAGGACUAUAACAGUGGAAGGAUAUAAAGAAGCCAUAACAAUGACCCCUAUGGGACCUCGAACAAAAACGAACUUUACAUGAGAGACUAAUAUUUUUAACAAUUUUUCUGGUUAGCCUAAUCUCCGUUGUAUGUAAAUUAAAGGGGUACUCCGCCUCUAGACAUCUUAUGCCUUAUCCAAAGGAUAGGGGAUAAGAUGUCUGAUCGCCGUCACGCCCCUUCCCAUAGACUUGAGGGGGCGUGGCCAUGACAUCACGAGCGGGUGUGGCUGUGACAUCACGAGCGGGCGU